AUGCUGAAGGAUGUUUUGGAGGAUUUUUUGAUCGCUAAGAUCGAAAAUUCCUCGGACCAAUUCACACUCAUGGACAGCAUGGCUUAUGGAAAUAUCAGCGUUACAGCCGUUACAACUGCUGUUAGCAUGGUUUAUAUUUUUGUUACGUCUCCACUUGUAGAAGUACCUGUUUCAUGCAGGAUAGAAACGAAAAGACAAGGAAUAAUCAAACUAAGGAUAUCCUGCGACAUUUCAGCAAUAGCAAUUUUUUAUAAAGACAAAACUUUCGAAAUAUUUCCAAUUUCUCAUAUAGUCGAGCGAGCGCAUCCGAUGAAUCUCUAUGAAAUUAACGAAUCCAUAUCGUUUUCAAACAGACAAAUCAAUAUUUCAGAUGAUAUUCCUCCACCAAAGCGCUGCUACUAUCAAUCACCUGCAAAUGCAACCAGCACACUUGUCAAUGCAUUUUGGUGGGACUUAGAAUCAAAUGGAAUCUUUCUAAUUGUUGUAGAUUCAGUUGGCAUCAAAAUCUGGCGCGUAAAAGAAAAAGUAGAUCUUGUAAUCAACUGCGAAUACGAAGGCAUCGUUAUAUGCGCCAUAAAAUUGAAUAAAACUACAGCGAUUAUCUAUGGAUUCAAUUCAAAGAAUGAAUGUUCGACUCUUUCAAUAAUUCUUGACGAUGUGAGACUAUCAGUCAAAGCGCGGAAGCUUGCUCUUACUAAACAGAUCAAAUCCACCUUCCUUUUACAAGCAUCUGGAUAUAAUGAAACGAAAUGGGAGUUCGCCAUUCUCCAAAAGGAUUUAUACCUAUUCGACAAAGAAGGACACGUAAUACUUGACAUUCCUGUCAGUGUCGGUGCCCACGCCCAACCAAACUCUUUCGCAGUUACGAAACAUUUCAUUUUUUAUUCAAAUGGUGGUCGAAUUAUUGCCAACUUCUUUAAGAAUUUGGACAACGCGAAGACAGCGUUUCUGUUCGGUAUAUCGUCUAUAGCAGUCCUGGACUAUAAUUCGGAUAAAAUUGCUUGUUUAGCUGUUGGACAAUUGACCACUUUGCAAAUGAAGGACGAAGCAAGUAAUAUUUUCCGUAAUUUGGCGGAGUCGAAGCGUUGGAAUGAGGCAUUCGAGCUCUGCGGAGCGUUUGAUUUGAGUUUUCCGCAUAUUUGUAGUAGUAUGGCGUUUGAUGCGAUACAAGAAGGUAAAUACCAUGAGGCGUUGUCACUCUAUAAGCAAGGUAAUUGCGAUUUCACUGAAAUCGUGCACAGAUUUUUACCUCUUGGCAAGGAAAGAUACGCAUUACACGUAACUUUAGAGGCAUUGAUCGAUCAAUCGGCUCUGGCAACUGUACCGAAGUCAGUAAUGAAGGAUGUCAUGGAAUCUCUAUUCAGAAGACUACAAGUGAAGUGGUCAAUUUUCCCUUCAUUCAAAAUCCUCUCAAAUAGAAUAAAAAGUGACAACAGGGUUCUCCCCCUUCCUUCUGAUUUACGGUCAUCCAAGUAUUACAACGCCGUUCUGGAGGAUAAAUCUAAUAUCCCAGGGGCACUGCUUUACAGAUAUCAUACGUAUUCGUUCAAUGAAAACCUUGCAUUUAAAUAUAUCUCAAAUGCAGAUAAAAUUGAUCUAGAAUACCCACCAUACGAUGCAUCCCCGCAGUUCAAAGCUCUCGUUCAUCAGCUUUAUAACUCAAAAAAUACAAAGAUAAAAAAUUAUAAAAUCAAAAAUGCGGUAAAAAUCAUUGAUGAAGCGAAUUACCUUACUGCAAAUGAGCUGGUGAUCAACGACACACCUGUUUCAACCGACGUUCCUUUCUUUGAUUUCGAGAUAUUCGAUGGAAUUCUUUUUGCUUUGAACAAAGACUUCCAACUCAUGCACGGAUCAGCUUUGGAUACUCAUAUCCUUCAGAUGGCCGCAUAUCCGCCCUCAUUUGCCCUGUUUUCCUCAUCAAAUAAACUCGGAUUAGUUGCUGUCAACGGAACGUUCACUUUAAUCGACAAAAACGGGUUACUCAAGAUAUACCAAGGCGAUUUCAUCGACUUGGCGCUCACAGAUAAGCUCACAAUCGGUCUUUCAAGUGAAGGAACGGCUUAUCUUUUAUUAGAGGACGAAACGUUCACUCCUUUGCAUUCAGAGCACUUUGUCAAAGCUAUAUGUGCUUCGAAUGAUACGUAUUAUCUCUUUUAUUCCCCUAAUUUAUGUAUUCAAUCGUCAGAUACAAAAACUACGACAAUUCAGCUUGAUUUCAAUGUAGAAUUCACAAAGACAACAAAUACAAAGGCGUUUGCUGCUGGCGAAGGCGUUUUAAUGAUCAUAGAAGGGGAAAAUUAUAAAUUUAUUAAUUAUCCUCAACGUAUUGGGACGAUUCUGAAUAUCAGUCAGGUAAGUGAUGAAGGAGUAGUCCUCAUUGGUUCAGCUUCUGAUCCGAUUGAAGUUUUAUUUGAAGAAAUAAAAUCCGAAAUUCAGCCAGAUUUCGACAAAUUGUCGCUGAUUUCGACUCAUUACAAGCAGGAAGACAUAAUUCCUAUGUUCAAGGCCACCCAAUUCUUGCCAUUUCUCCAAAUUUUAUUUGGCGACUGGCAGAACUUGAAAUUGCCUGAAGAUCCGAAGUUCUUGAUUGCCAACCUUAACAAGUUCGACGAAAACAAGGCUGCUUCCUUGAUCCAUGCCCUUCUGGCCGCGAAAGUUCCCCUCGACGAUAAAAUUAUAUCGUCAAAAGCCGCCAGAAAACUUCUUUUGUGGAAUCCGGAUGAUAUUAAAUCCUUAACACCGGAACAGGUUAAGUUAUUGAUUCCACGGAGGAGAACGAAGAAAUACGAAGGAAUUGACUCAGUUACGAUCAAAUUAUUACAAAAUUCAACUGAUUGUGUCGUAAUUCCAUCGCAUUAUGUGGUUGAUUCCACGCGAGUAUCAACGUUUUCAUGCGGCCAUGUCAUGCUUCCUGACGAAUUGGAGCUUUCCACGAAAAAUCUCUGCGAAUUCUGCAAAGAAAACGGUUUAGAUGAAAUUGCGAAGUUUUCUGAGACUCAAUACGCGCUACCAUUGAUACACGCACAAUGUCCAAGGUGUUUGCAAAGGAAUUUGCAAAGAAAAGUUGGAGAACAAAAAUAA